GGGGCGUGGCCAGGCGCCACCCCGCCCCUUCCCCGGCCGGCCUCGCGCGCUACAGCAACCGCCAGCGGGGGGAAGGGACGCCAUGGAUGAGGACCCGGAGCUGGAGCGGAAGGCAGUAGAAGAACUUCUUAAAGAGGCAAAACGGGGGAGAACUAGAGCUGAAACAAUGGGAGCUAUGGGUUGGUUGAAAUGCCCUCUUGCUGCUACAAACAAAAGAUUUCUCAUUAAUACUAUUAAGAACACAUUACCCUCCCAAAAAGAACCAGACCAAGAAUGUGAGCAUAAGGAAGUUGAUAAAGAACCUGAGCCAAGCAAAAGCAGGAAGGAAGAAAAACCAAAGAAACAUAUAACUCAUCCCUACAAACCCAGCUUUCAGGCUAGAAGAAGAGGCAGCUAUUCUCCUUCCAGCCACCGACGCACGCACCGGCACACAAAGGAGAAGUAUGAAAAGCGAUCGAGCAAACGAUAAGAAAGGUGAAUCCAUUCUGUUACAAGCUAAAAAUAUCAUUAAUCUUUGGGCUGUGAAGAUGUGGCAGUCCUCAAAAAGAAGACAUUGUUCAACAUAGAUUUCCUAACUGGCAGUUGCUUUUGUGAGAUAUAACCUGAGAGUAGUUUUAUAAGACUCUCUUUGGGGAUCUUUAAGAGAAAGUAAAGAACAACAUUUGACUAGUGUAAAACAAUCCCCUCCCCCUUUUUUUUUUCUUGAACUGUUCUGAAUGGAUUGCACAAGUUGAUAAGAUUCACUGCUUUGUAUGAUUCUUUUAAACAGCUUACGGAGAUUAAUUUAAGCAAAUACCUAUAUACAUGUAAAGUUGACAAAAUUAUUUGGUUGCUUAACUCAAUAAAGAAACAUGGUUUAUUUAUGUUCAUUUGGUAGGAUAGAGCAGAUCUAAAGAAGGAAAAGUUGGAACACUCAAUCACCCCCAAAUGCAGUUUCUGUAGUUUGAGAGAUCUUGGUAUCCCUAAUGAGGGAACUUAUGCCUUCUUUUGACACUUUAUUAAGAACAAGCUUAAAAUAGGCAGCAGUGACUUUACAAUCCACAAGAAAAUGACCUGGAAUAUAGAAUUUAUUCUUGUGUUCCUGUUCAUUCCAUAGACUGAUCAGAGAUAACAACAAACAUUAGUACUAAUAAGCCAUAAAUGCAAUAAUUGUUUCUACCUGUGCUUCCCCUGUCAGAGGAAGUAGCUCGCAUAAAAUAAUAUCACGGUGCUUUGAAAACAAACCUCAGCAGUUAAAAUUACCGUGCAUCUAUCCAGUGGUAUGACUUUUACAAGUAGAUAAAUAAUACAGGAAAUACAGAAGAAAUAUUCAAAAAAUGUUGUUUUUCAUCCACUUUCAAAGCCUGUGUGACAGUUUUGUAGUGGUACAAUUUCUAACACUUGUGAUGUUGAGUAUCAAUAAAUAGUUACACCAGCCUACUGUAUGUUCAGACAGUGUUAUGAUGACCUAUUUUGUGAAAAGCAUUGGGGAUUUUAAUAGUCUCGGACAUAAAUAUUUGAACAUAUGGUUUCGCUUUUUAAGUUUUCAAGUGUGUUGCGAAUAAAUCUGAAAUGUCUUAAAUGAAAA